CACCCUUGUAUGAGCCAAUAUGACCAAGACCACAGCAACAGAUUCAGCACCUCUUCCGGAGUACUACGUCCAGAGCUUUCCCGCACCGGGGCUCCGGCAGAUCGUUAGGCAUAUCACCGAAAACAACGCCAACGGUGAAUCCCGAUUCCUUAGUUCGGACCAUGGCGAGCAUUAUCGUUUCAUGGUGGAGCAUCAAGCAGUAGCCAACAUCAUCUAUUCCACCCGCGAGAACCCCGUUGAUCUGAACGGCAACGCGGACGUCAUCAAGGCCCACGAGCAAGAGCCUCCGUUUCACUACCCCAACGGCUCAAUAGUCCGCAUGAUCGACUUCGGACCGGGCGUAGAGUCCCCUUUUCACCGAGCUUUGACCAUUGAUUACGGUAUUGUUUUAGAGGGCGUCUUCGAACUCACUCUCGAUUCGGGCGAGAAGCGCAUCUUACGCCAGAGCGAUGUGUGCAUCCAGCGGGCUACUGCCCAUAAGUGGAAGAACAUCACUGGCAAUGGGACUUUGCCGGGACGCAUAGUAUGGAUUCUUCUUGAUACUAAGGAGGUCACUGUAGGUGGCAGCAAGCUGAAUGGGGACCUUGGCGAUCUGCACAAGGAAUAUGCUGGUCGUGGGAACUACUAA